AUUUGAAAGAAAAGAGAGCGACGCCUGAAGUCAAAUUAUGACAAUGAGUUACCACGAAAAAAGUGAGUUUCUUGACUUAUUUUUCUGCCUAGACGCUUGUAAACUAGCGGGUCAACAACGUUUGAUAAAUGAUGAUCUUUCGUGUCAAUGUCCCGGAUGUGUGAAAGCGGAGCAGCCCGUGAGUCACCGCGUCAGAAACCCCUUACACGCAGUCGAGAUGCAGAGAUCGCGACGUUACGUCGCCGCCAUUUUGUUUCACCCGGAGUAAAGAAAUCAACGCUGAGAAGCACCGGGCGAGAAUAAUUUCCUUUUCCUGGAUUACCAUCGACGCGGCGAAUCUGCAUCGUGCAUCCACGUCUAGAUCCGCAUGAUGUCUGCAGACAUGGCCACAGAUCACGUGAACGGGAACGGCACGGAGGAGCCGAUGGACACCACGGCCGAGGUGACCCGCUCGGAACACUUCCAGGCCCUGCUGGAGGCCGGGUUGCCCCAGAACGUGGCGGAGAAGCUGGAUGAACUUUAUGUAGCAGGCCUGGUGGCACAUAGUGACCUAGACGAAAGAGCUCUUGAAGCUUUGAAAGAAUUCAAUGAGGAGGGAGCCCUGCAAGUGCUGGUUCAGUUCAAAGAGAGCGACCUGUCACACGUGCAAAACAAAAGUGCCUUUCUGUGUGGGGUGAUGAAGACCUACAGGCAGAGGGAGAAACAAGGGACCAAAGUCUCAGACUCCACUAAAGGACCAGACGAAGCCAAAAUCAAGGACCUGCUGGACCGAACCGACUACACACUCGACGUGACAACGGGCCAGCGGAAGUAUGGCGGCCCCCCACCGGAGUCUGUGUACUCGGGGGCCCAACCCAACAUCGGGACAGAGAUAUUUAUCGGGAAGAUUCCCCGCGACCUGUUUGAAGAUGAGCUGGUGCCUCUCUUUGAGAAGGCGGGGCCUAUCUGGGACCUGCGGCUAAUGAUGGACCCGCUCAGUGGGCUGAACCGGGGCUACGCCUUCGUCACCUUCUGCACAAAGGAAGCGGCCCAGGAGGCGGUGAAGCUGUGCAAUAAUCACGAGAUCCGCCCGGGCAAGCACAUCGGGGUGUGCAUAUCAGUCGCCAACAACCGGCUGUUUGUGGGCUCCAUUCCCAAGAGUAAAACCAAGGAGCAGAUAGUUGAGGAGUUUGCUAAAGUCACAGAGGGCCUCAGUGACGUCAUUCUGUACCAUCAACCCGACGACAAGAAGAAGAACCGCGGUUUCUGCUUCCUGGAGUACGAAGACCACAAGACGGCCGCGCAGGCUCGCCGCCGCCUGAUGAGCGGCAAGGUGAAGGUGUGGGGCAACGUGGUGACGGUGGAGUGGGCCGACCCCAUCGAGGACCCCGACCCAGAGGUCAUGGCCAAGGUGAAGGUCUUAUUCGUGAGGAAUCUGGCCAACGGCGUCACGGAGGAGCUGCUGGAGACGUCCUUCAGCGAGUUCGGGAAGCUGGAGCGCGUCAAGAAGCUCAAAGACUACGCCUUCAUCCACUUCGAGGAGCGGGACGGCGCCGUGAAGGCGCUGGAGCAGAUGAACGGGAAGGAGCUGGAGGGAGAAGCCAUCGAGAUCGUGUUCGCCAAACCGCCCGACCAGAAGCGGAAGGAACGAAAAGCCCAGAGACAAGCGGCCAAAACCGUGAUGUACGACGACUACUUCUACUACUCUCCCCCCUCCCACAUGCCGCCCCCGGUCAGAGGGCGGGGCCGAGGGGGCAACCGGGGCGGCUACUCGUCCUACCCCCCCGACUACUACGGGUACGAGGACUACUACGACUACUACGGCUACGACUAUCACAACUACCGCGGCGGCUACGACGACCCGUACUACGGCUACGACGACUUCCAGGCGCCCAGCCGGGGGCGGGGCGCCAGCCGGGGCUCCCGGGGCGGAUCCUCUCCGGCCAGGGGACGCGGCGGCGCCGGCGCACCCAGAGGCAGGUCCAACUUCUCCCAGCGGGGCGGGCCCGGACCGGGCCGCGGCGGGCGGGGAGCGAGAGGAGGCCUGCAGCCCAGAGGGAGAGGAGGGCAGGAAAAAGGGGUCGAGGCCGGUCCUGCCGCGUCGCUAUGAGGACUGACCGGCGUUUGGCGUCACACACACACUGCCAGCUGCCCAUUGGAUGGAAUGGUAAGGUCACCUGACUCAGUGGUCCACUGGUACCAGCCUUUGUUUUUUGUUUUUUAAGGAGCAGAUCUCCUUGAAAAACACCGCCAUGUUCAAAGAUAAUCAGAGCAGAAAUUCUUAAGCUUGCUGUUUCUGUUUUUUAGAUCAAUUUAUAACAGACCCCCCCCCCCCCCCCCACACACACACACACACACACAAAUUGCCCCAUUUAAGUCUUCCUUAGAAGUUCACGAUAGACCUCCUUCUGGACAAGUCUGCUCUUGAAUGCAGAUCAGCUUGAGCUCUCAGACUACACGCUAAUGAAGGACAAGACGUGACCUGUGACCGGACAUCCCAGCAGCCGGGUUCUGUUAAGAACCCCCCCCCACCACCGGGGGGCGUUAUACGCUACCUCACUGAAGGACUGUCCACUUUGGUCCUUGAGAUACGCACAGCCAACAUCAACGCAGCACUCGAUGAGUUUUAGCUCGUCGGUGGAGACCUGGUUGUUGGUCCUCAAGUCGCCCUGCAGCGGCGUAUCAGGGUGCAAGUACGCGUAGCGGGAUAAAUGUGUGGUUUAUUAACAGCAUUAUUAUUGCACCCAGGUAGAGUCUUGAAACAGGAGCUGGCUGUUGAUGUAGUUUACAGACGGAUGGUUUUGUAACUCUUGUUUUUCUGUGAAUUAUCAAAGUGUCUGUAAACCUGCAGACAUGUUCUUGUCUUCCACAAUGGGAAACUGUCUUUAUUUUCCUUUGUGGCCAUCGAUGUGAAGGCAAUGUCUGCACAAACAUCUGUUUAUUUUAAUUGUAUUUUUAUUUCGGCGUGUCAGCAGAUGUGAAAGAGCAUGAAUUUAUUUGAGUUUAGGAAUCAAGCUGAAUAAUUCAUCGCUAAAGCUUGUUUCUACAUUCCAUGUUGUGCAUCGCCGUCAACUAAAACAAUGGAGUCACGUCUUCUCUGUCGGUGUAGAUGAUUAUUUAGAAUUUAAAGGAGUAAAUCCACCCCCCAUAUUUGAGGUAUAUUUUAUUUUUGCAGCGGUCACAAAUAAUUAUCUAUACAGUAUUACAACGAUUUCUAAAGCUUGUAGCGAAGACUUGGCUUUGUUGUUUUUGGCAAAUAAAAAUCAGUUUAAAUUCCUAGAAUAUCAAACGAGUCAUUAGAAGUUCUAAAUGAUCAGUUCAUCAUUCUGUAUCUUUAUGUCAUCACAUCCCACAAAGAGACACAAACCCAGAAGGUGUUGCUUCGUCUCGUACUUCGCUGUUUGAGACUCUGGGAACUGUAGGAAGUUGAGUCGGAUUUCUCCUUUUAACUUUUUUUUUUUUUUUUUACCGGUUUUGAAAAAAACGACAAUUUUCUUUCUAGUAUUGACUCUGUUCUUUCACCAAUUUUUAAAGGUCACCAAGUAUGUGUUUGUAUGUGUGUGUGUGUAUGUAUAUUUGUAUACGUAUGUAUAUAUUUUUAUAUAUAUAUAUUUAUAUAAAUGAUUGUUUGAUGUAUACACACAUAUAUAAGUGUGUGUGUAUAAAAAAUGUUUUGCUAACAAGUGUUUGCAUUCUUGCAAAUGAAUUGUUUUAUACUGUACAGUGAGGUAAGGUAAACCUAUUUUUCUAAUAAAGUUAUUGACUUUGA